AUGACGAGGUGGUUGAGCUCGAAGACUCCCCGCCAAGGCCAGUCAGUCCUGCCAGUCAGUCCUGCCAGUCAGCUCAUGCGCAACAGGACAAAGUCGUCGUCAUCGGCCAAUGUUGGACUCGCCCAACUACUUCCGAACACUGUGUCGGUCCUCAACGGAGCCGAUGCACGAGCGCGAUUACAUGCUCCGAGGCAACCGCCGUUCGGAGCAGUUGCAUCUGCGGCCAGCCAAGCCAUACAGAACUCCAAAGCCAGCACCAGAAAGCCUACGAGGCAGCGCACUGGCUACCAGUGGGUACACAUCAGUCUUCUGCUUGUGAGCCUGGAGGCCAGAUACUUCAAUGGCCUCGUGGUCGAGGUUCCAGAGACAGUAUUGCCCCUGAAAGACACCGUGAUCAAAUUCAACUCGGUAGAUUUACUUACCUGGCCAUCGUUCACCGAGACACUGUUCGAGCACCUACGUCCACUUCCAAGUAGUAUUGAUCCCUCCAACAAAAGCCUUUGGAGCCUUUCUUUCGCUUCAGCGUUCUCCGGCAAGAAAAUAGUCACCGUUCCAAAUACCGACAAGCACAUCACGCCUUCGAGUAUGCUAGCUUCGGGGCAUUUUCCCAACAAUCAAGCUGGGCAGUUGAAGGUUCUCGUCGUCUUGACGUCCACACAAGUAAUUGACAGGCAGGAGCCGAUUACGCCGCUGAGGCCAGAUGAAUACUCGACUCCCACCAAGGAGAACAAGAAACGGAGGAUCAAACAGGAGGACAAGACUCCAUCCCUUGUACACAAGAAGCGGAUCAAGCAGGAGAAGGACGUCGAAAGGGGGAACGAGACUAAAAGAGAUGAAAUCAAACAAGAGAUUCAUGUUAAGACGGAGCAAUACGAUCCGGAUGCUGAUACAUCUUCGCCAGGAUUGACGUGCAAUGAGUUGGAUGUGGAAGAACUAGGUGAGAUGGAACAUUCGCCCUCCGAUUUGGUGUCGAAUAGUAUCGAUGACGGAAUCAGAGACGAGGAUGACGCAGAGCAAGAGGCAGGGCAGGAGGGCGAAUAUGAAGACGAGACCAAAAAUGCCCAGGAGCUUGUAAGAAGCCAAGCCGACUCGGCGAAAUUAAAGACUGACCUCAUUAGGUGCGCUUAUCGUCAGCAGGCAUCUAUGAGUCCGCUGGUGGAGCUCAAGUAG